CGCGGCGCGGAUAAGAGCCGGACCGCGCCUGCGCGCCCAGCCCCAUUCCUUCGACCUCUGCUGACUCGGCCCGUGCCACUUCCCGGGAAGAGAGGAAGCCUGAGAGGAGCCCUAGUCGCUUGUCAUCCGAGUCCUCCAGCCGCGCCGACCCGAAGAGUGCAAGAUGUUCGUCUGCGCCAAGCUCGCCUGCACCCCAGCUCUGAUCCGAGCUGGAUCCAGAGUUGCAUACAGACCAAUUUCUGCAUCAGUGUUAUCUAGACCAGAGGCUAGGACUGGAGAGAGCUCUGCGGUAUUUAAUGGGGCCCAGAAUGGUAUGUCUCAGUUAAUCCAAAGGGAGUUCCAGACCAGUGCAGUCAGCAGAGACAUUGAUACUGCGGCCAAAUUUAUAGGUGCAGGUGCUGCAACAGUAGGAGUGGCUGGUUCUGGUGCUGGUAUUGGCACAGUCUUCGGCAGCCUCAUCAUUGGUUACGCCAGAAACCCUUCGCUGAAACAGCAGCUGUUCUCAUAUGCUAUCCUGGGAUUUGCCUUGUCUGAAGCUAUGGGUCUCUUUUGUUUGAUGGUUGCUUUCUUGAUUUUGUUUGCCAUGUAACAGAAAUUACUGCUUGAAAUGUUGGCAUUCAUGUUAAUUACGGAUGUAAUUCUGUGUAUCUUACUGUGACUCCAAAAACUGUAGCAUUGGUGUCAUGAAAAUGUACGUUAUUUCCAAAGUCAUUAAAGAUGAAAACUUUAA